GAGCCAGCAGAGGGGCGGAGUCAGGGCCCCUCUGCUGUGGUCAGUGACAAACGCUGGCCCCAGUCCAGCCAGCCCUCUGCUCUUUACACAGCCUGACUGCCCGACACCGCCGCUGUGUGCGCUCGGCCACGGGACAGAAACAAGGGGCAGCCACAAUGCGGCUCUGCCUCCUCUUGUGCCUGGUGCUCCUCAGCCCGCCAAUGGCCACCCUCCACCGCCACCACCCUGGGGAGACGAAGAAGAGAGGCCGGGAGCUGCUGCCCGUGGUUGCCACAGUGGCCCCUGGCAGUGGGGACUUUGCCUUCGACCUCUACAGGGCCUUGGCUGCAACUGCCCCCAACCAGAACGUCUUCUUCUCCCCUCUGAGCAUCUCCAUGAGCCUGGCCAUGCUCUCCCUGGGGGCUCGGUCCAACACCAAGGCUCAGAUCCUGCAGGGCCUGGGCCUCAACCCUCAGGAGAGCUGGGAUGAGGAGCUCCACAGUGCCUCCCAGCGGCUGCUACAGGAGCUUGGGCAGCCCAGAGAGGAGCUCCAGCUGAGCCUCGGCAACGCCCUGUUUACCAAGCCCACUGUGCCCAUCCAGGACGCCUUCCUGAGUGCCAUGAGGUUGCUGUACCUGGCAGACACUUUCUCCACUAACUUUGAGGACCCCGAAGGGGCCAAGAAGCAGAUCAAUGAUUACGUGGCAAAGCAAACAAAAGGCAAGAUUGCAGACUUGGUUGAGGUUCUGGAUGGCACUGAGGUCAUGGUUAUGGUGAAUUACAUUUUCUUUAAAGCAAAGUGGGAGACAAGCUUCGACCACAAAAGCACCCACGAGCAGGACUUCCACGUGACCUCGGAGACGGCGGUGCGGGUGCCCAUGAUGAAACAUGAAGACGAGUAUUACUACUUCCUGGACCGAAGCCUCUCCUGCAGGGUGGUGGGGGUCCCCUACCGAGGGAAUGCCACCGCCUUCUUCAUUCUCCCCCGCGAGGGCGGGAUGGGCCAGGUGGAGAGUGGACUGAAGGAGAAAACACUGAGGAAGUGGCUCAAGUUGUCCGUGAAGAGGCAGCUUGAGCUUUACCUACCCAAGUUCUCCAUUGAGGGCUCCUAUCAGCUGGAGAAAGUCCUCCCCAAGCUGGGGAUCAGUGACGUCUUCACCUCCCAAGCUGACCUGACCGGCAUCAGCAACCACUCCAGCAUCCUGGUGUCUGAGAUGGUGCACAAAGCUGUGGUGGAGGUGGACGAGUCGGGAACCAAAGCGGCCGCAGCCACUGGGACGAUCUUCAUGUUCAGGUCGGCCCGGCUCAGCUCUCAGCGGAUCGUGUUCAACAGGCCCUUUCUAAUGCUCAUUGUGGAGAACAGCAAGAACAUCCUUUUCUUUGGCAGAGUGAGCCGCCCGUGAGGUGGAGAUUUCUCCUGAAAGGCACAGGCCUCCACUGUGGAAGACGAGGGUGCACUGUGGCUGGGAGCUGGUGAUUCACACAGGUUUAGUUGACUAAUGAGACUUUCACAAGUAAUAAUAAUAAUGACAUUGAAAUACUGAUGAUUGCUUCUUUUCACACCAUUGCAAGACCUGGAUGCUCCAAAGAACCUUGGAGAACAUUCAGUCUUGCCCUCACCCAUCAUCAAUGGAGAUUAGCACCAAGGCUCAGAGAGGUUGGUUGACUUGCCCAAGGCCACACAGCAUGUUAGUGGCAGAGAGAAACCCAGAAUUCAGGUCCCUGUUGCCCAGUCCAGUGACACCAAGCUCUGCAGGAGGGUUGUUCCAGUAGAUAUUGCCACCAGGAAGUGAAUUUCCAAGCCUAGUCCCCCACAUGUUAGCAAUACCAGCUCUCAGUCCAUCAUGAUUUGGAAAGAAUGCUGAAAUGGGAGUAUGGAAUGGGGCUUCUGUCCCAGCUGUGUGACUUUGGGUAAUACUGUCUCUCUUUGGACUUUGGUUUCCCCAUGUAUACAAUGAAGGGUCAGGUCAAGGAUUGAAGGACCUUUGAAAUCAUUGAAAAGGCUAAGGUCUUCCCUGCCCCUCACAGUUGAUUUCAACACAUUCAAGUGCCACUCAUCUUUUAAGAAGAACCUUGGCCGGCAGGGUGGACGUGGACUGUCAGAGGAUUGAACCACCUGUGGAUUGAUUUACCAUCUCAUGGGCUUGUCUGGGGGUGUCUGGGGGUGGGAGAAUGGAGGUCUGUUGCAAACACUAGAGAGCAAUUGAAGACCCUGUUGACUAACUGUGAAUUUUAGUGUCCACAAUAACAAUAAAGCCUUACAAACACUA